AUGGCGUCAUCCACCACAAACAACGGCUAUCCCAUGCCCGUCUCUUCCCUCGAACCAUACGUCCCAAACACCCAAGGAGGACACGGUGCAGACGAUCAGUCCCACUCCAUUGACGGGAUAGAACAAAGUGAUUCGGGGCGUACUUUGCAUCACAACUCGAGGGGAGGGUUCUCCGACGAGAAUGAACUUGGCGUCUUUGAAUCAAGCAGAGCGGGCGACUUUCAAUCCCCAGAGGGCAGGGCUGCCAAUAGCCUGGAGUCUGCGGAGGGUACGGCUGCUGCUGCUGCCCCACAAGGACAGAAACCAAUGAAGAAGUUUGUGCACAGUUUCUGGGAUCCCGAGAUGGCUCACUUGAGAAAGAUUGCGUUCAAAAUCCUAGGUGGCACCGUUGUCAUCACAGUAAUUGUCAUUUGGUUAUGUCUGCCUGUUUACUGGGGUUCUUUGUGGAAAGCCAACAAGUACACCGACAAGCUCACGGUCCGUAUCGUCAAUCGUGACUCGGGCACUGUGGGAACCACCGUCACCAGCACUCUCCUCAACCUCACCAACCUGAACUACUUUACCACUCCCGCCUCCGAGUUUGUCACCGAUGAAGAUGUGGCGAAUGAUGUGAUCGAGGAAGGUGUCUGGGCCGCCAUCGUCAUUAAUGAGGGUGUCUCUGACCGGCUCGUAUCGGCGAGACAGAAUGGAUUGUCCACCUGGAACGGGUCAGAUGCGAUUAAGGUGUACUAUGCGCAAGGACGUCAGGAGACAGCGAUUGGCAGCUACAUGUUGCCCUACAUCCAGUCCACUCUGACCCAGCUCUGUGCCAAGAUGAACGCACAGAGCAGUGCUCAAUACUUUCAAGCAAACGCGAACAAUGCCACUGCUAUCAGUCUAGUUGCCCAAGCCCCAGCUACACUCACCAACGGCGUGUGGUUCACCCUCAACAACCUGCGUCCAUAUAACCAGCCCGUCGCUACCGCCAUCACCUUGGUCGGCCUCAUCUACAUGCUCAUCUUGUCCUUCAUCAUGACCAUGACCAACAAUGCCGUUCGAGAGAUCAUGCAAACCCGCUCUUACAUCAUCUACCGCCUCGUCACCCCUAUCUGCCUCUACCUCUACAUCUCGUUCAUCUUUGUGAUGGUCAACCUUCCUUUCAAGGUCCAUUUCGACGCCCAUUUCACCUAUUCCGGUGGCUUCUUUCUUUGGUGGAUUGCCUUCUUCCUCGGCAUGUGCUCGGUCGGGUUGGCGGCCGAGGCUGCCAUCACCGUCUUGGGGCCACAAUUUAUGGCCUUCUUCUUAGUCCCUCUCAUCGUUGUCAAUGUGUCGGUCUGUUCGCUACCGCAUGAGCUGCAGCCUUGGAUAUUCAAGUAUGGUCUCGCCAUGCCGUUCUACAACUGCAAUCGUAUCGUACGAACUAUCAUUUUCAACACCAAGAAUGAUAUCGGGAUGAACAUUGGCAUCCUCAUCGCCUGGACGGCUGUCUCAUUUCUUACCAUCACGCUGGGAACGUGGGUGUAUAGAAGAAAGUCGGUGAAUCAGCACAACAAGGAAGUGGGCGAGAAUGAGACGAAUGGUUUGACCCAGGCCUAG